AAGCAUUCGUGAAAUGUCGUGGAUGUAGACAGUAGACAGAUGCAGAUGAGAUCGUUUAGUGAUCGAAAGAGAUAAUCCAGUCUUACUGCACGUGUAUCCAGUCCUCCAUGAAACGGAAAGAAAAUAUGAUUUAAAUAAGAAAGAUGAAUUUAAUUAUAUUUGAUUCGUGUCGAGUGCAGGCGAGUGCAAUACGAAACGAGCGCAAUGAAUCAUCUGCAAUUCCGAUUUCGAAAGUCAGGUAUCUCGCAUGCGGCGAGAGGAACUGAGAGGAAUGAUUGAACUUUUAACUUGCCUUAUCUCGUUUGUCGUCCCGCACGUUACAAAUAAAAUGUUAUGUCGCACGCAGCGGUCGGGUUGCACCAACCGUAUGCUCGGUAUGCUGUUAAUCACAUCUUAGUUAUUUCGCUUUUGUUUUCAGUACGGGCGCGUAUUCGGUGAUGUUUCGCGAAGAAUGGCAAUAAUCAAAAAGAUCUUGCAUGAGAGGAUGUUGUGUGUUGAGAUAUUGCAGAUUGCGUUUUAUGAAAUAUGCUGAUGGAAAGUUAUUAGGAAACACUAUGCCCAGCGCUAAGAUGAGCGUAGCGACACAUACAACGAGUAUACGUACAGAGAAACGAUUAGUCAACGCAGCUAAAAUGUGUCCUUAUAGGGAUAGCACAGAUGUCUGUAUGUCCUUUGAACAUCCUAAGGACAUCCCCAGGAUAAGAAGGGAGUAUCCUAAGAGUAUCCUGGAUAAAAUGUAUUAUUAGGAUAAUUGUUGCUGUCAAAGUUCACUUUAUUAUCUACUAUUUAUAAAAUGCUGCAACAAAACAUAUUUGCAGCUAAAGUAAAAUAAUGUUUAGCUAAAUAUAUUUAUUAAGUAAUUCCUUUUUUACAACAGAAAUUAAUAAUAUUUGCAGCAAGAUUAAGAAUAUUAGCUAACAUAUAUUAUUCUUUGCUACUAUUUGAUCAUUCCAGCUAUCAAAUUUGAGUACUUUUACAAGAGUACUUUUAUAUUAGUUACUGCGUUUAAAAAUAUAUUGAUACAUAGAAAACAAUGUUGUAUUAACAGCAUUUGCCAACAAUAUCUAUUCAAGUCUUGCUCAUUCCUUUUUUUUAAACAAGAGAACGAUGGUGUAUUUGUUGCAUUAAUACUGUAAAUUAAUAAAAUUAUUUUCAAUUAGAUGCUGUUAAUUUAACAUUAUUUCUCUUCUUUGUAGUAUUAAAAGUCUAUAAUUCACAUAUAUCUAUAUUAUACAUUUCAAUGCUACAUUUCAGUAUAUUUUUAAAACUGCCAAUAAUUACCAGAUCUAUAUUGCAAGAUGAAACGUGCUUAUUUAAUGAGACAAACAAGAAGGAUUUUGUACACGUAUAAGCAGUCCAAUUCAAUCUCCAGUCAUUCGUUUCAUCUCGCUAAAUCAAACAUAUAUCAGAGAUCUGGAUAAAAAAUAAAAAAAUUAUAACAAAACAUUAUCAAUUUAU